AUGGCUCAGCAGAACAUUGCCUACCGUCUUACCUCCGUCACAGGCCCCUCUGGGAUCACCAAACAUACCACCCCGAUCCCCACUCCCAAAGCUCACGAAGUCCUCGUCCGCAUCUAUGCCGUGUCCCUGAACUGGAGAGAUUUCGCUGUCGCGCACGGUAUCUAUCCGUGGCCGGUCAUGAAGGACCCGAUCAUGGGCAGCGACAUGGGGGGUGAGGUGGUCAAAGUGGGCGAGGACGUCACCGAGUGGAAGGUCGGGGAUAGGGUCACCGCGAGCUUUGAUCAAGGGAAUUUGUAUGGUCCUCAGUUAGACUGGAAGGGUCAGUUUCAGACGGUUAUCUUCAUUAGCCUUUCUCCCUGUGGCCUCGGCGCCCCAAUUGACGGCGUUCUUCAAAACUAUCGCAUUUUCGUGACCACCGGCCUCCUUGCCAUCCCUCCUCACCUGUCUUACGAAGAAGCAGCCUGCUUCCCCUGCGCUGGCGUCACUGCGUGGAACGCAUUAUAUGGUGGUAUUCCACUGAAGCCGGGACAGACCAUAGUGUUCCAGGGGACAGGAGGCGUAAGUAUCUUGGGACUGCAAUUCGCGAGCAAGGCGGGAGCGAAGACUAUCAUCACCUCGAGCUCCGAUGACAAGCUGGAAAUCGCAAAGAAGUUGGGUGCUACUCACACGAUCAACUACAAGAAGAACCCGGAAUGGGACCAAGAAGUCUUGAAGCUCACGAAGAAUGCCGGCGCGGACCAUAUCUUCGAUAACGUCGGCAUCAGCGAGAUCGAACGCUGCUUCAACUGUAUCGCGCCUGGUGGAUCCAUUAGUUCCAUCGGGAUUCUGGGUGGAGCGCACAAAGUGGGCCCAAAUGUGCCGAUGAUGGCUUUGAGGAAAGGUUCGGUCUUGCGUGGGAUCGAUGUCGGCUCGAAACAAUUGUUUGACGAAAUGCUCCGCUUCAUCGAAACUAACGAGAUCAAACCGUACAUCGAUAGAGUCUUCCCGUUUGAGGAGACGAAGGAUGCGGUUGAGUAUUUGGGGAGGGGAGAACAUUUGGGCAAGAUUGUGAUUCGGGUGGCGUAA